AUGACCCGUUUAGAAACAGCUGUAGCAUCGAUUGCUUUUUCCACAAGCAAUGUUGUUUACAUUAUUGAACCUAAUAAUCCAAAAUCGUCCAAUUUCCUAACUUCAAGAAGUACCGCCACUAUAGAAUUAUCGAAAUUCCAGAAACAAGAGAAAAAAAAUAUUUUUAAUGAAAUAACUGAAAUAGAAAUUCUUUCUUCAAAUGCCGAUCCAUUUUCACAUUUACAUUCCUCAAUAUCAAAAGGUUCACUUACAUCUUUAUAUAUUCCAUCUGCCUUGUCAAAUGAUGUUUUAAUUCCUGCAAUACCACACCUUUAUAAACUCUCAAAUGGCCGAUGUGCUGCAUUGGUAAUUCAUAUCGCUAUCGAUCGUGAUAAAGUUAAAAAUAUUGAAGAUUAUACUGAUGUCAUGACUUUAAGGCAAACUGGAUGUGCUUUAUUACAUUCAACUGGUAUUCAAGAAACUUUGGAUAUCGCUUUGAUUGCUCACUCUAUAGCAAUUAAAACUGGCGUUCCUGUUAUUCAUUUCUUUGAUCGAGAUUGUGCACAAUCUACUAAAAAAUCUAAACAAUUAGUCCAUUUAGAUAAUAUCAUUGAAAAGUUUAUAGAAGAAGUGGAUAUAACAAAAUAUCGUGAUCUUUUGAAAACAGCCAAAAAAAAAGAUGAACACUAUUUUAGAUCAUCUGAUUCCUCUGUACCUAAUGAUAAAAGCACUAAUGAAUCAACUAAUGGCAGUGACAGUAGAUUAGUACAUAAUCAUAUCGACUUUUUUUCGACUGUAGAAAACAUUUUCACUCAAUUCAGACAAGAAACAAGUCGAUCAUAUGGAAGUCUUGAAUUUAUUGGUGAUCCUAAUUCAAAAUUACUCAUAAUCACCCUUGGUUCUGGUUCAUUCUAUUUAAAAAAAGCCACUAAUAAAAAUUCCAAAGUCUGUAUAAUACGGAUAAGGGUAUAUCGUCCUUGGUCUGAGAAUCAUUUUCUUACUAAUAUUCCAAAAACGAUUCAAAAAGUAGCUGUAUUGGAACAAGUUGUUGCACGUACGACUAAGUGGACUCCAUUAUAUCUUGACGUUGUUUCAGCGUUUCAAAAUCGUGCUCUUUGGUCAGGUGAAGCGCCAGCCAUUAUUAGUGGAAAGUAUGGAACUUUUGAUGAAGAAUCUAUUAAUACUAACGUUACCUCGUUGUUUGAAAGCCUCGAGUCAGGCGAAUUACGACAAAACUUUAUUGUCGGAAAUGAUGACUCGACAUCUCAACAAUUAAAUGGUGUAAAUGGUCAUUCGACUCAUAUAAUCGAAGCACCGAAUAUUGAAAAACCGUACCUCAAAAUGCUUGAAGAAGUCUUUAAAGAUCGUUUGUAUAUUGCAAAUUCUGGUCAUUCAAAUAUUGUUAAACCAACGCCUGAAUUCGCAUUCGGAGUUUUGAUUGCCAAACUCCAAAAGCGUGCACAAUUUGCGGAUCUCGUUGCACGUGCGGUGAAGGAUACUUCUGUUUCUAUUCAAGAGCCUUUGCUGAAAGCUUUAUCGCAAUGGCUUCUUUAUCAAGAUGAUGCUGAAAAAUCAAAGAAAUUUGGUGAUGAAGCCAUUGAAUCUCUUAGUAAAGUUCAUGAUAGUCAUACGAUACUCUCAGAGAUUUAUAAUCAAAAAGAUGAAUUCACAAAAUCCUCACAAUGGAUUAUUGGUUCGGAUGCAUGGACAUAUGAUAUUGGUGGAUCCGGUGUUCAUCACGUAAUUUCAUCUGGAAAAGAUAUUAAUAUCCUGAUAAUUGAUUCUCAACCUUAUACGACCCGUGCUGCUGCUGAUCCUGAAAAACGUAAAAAGGAUAUUGGUUUAUAUGCAAUGAAUUAUGGUGAUGUUUAUGUUGCUUCGGUGGCAAUAUAUUCAUCAUAUACUCAGGUCUUACAUGCUCUAAUGGAAGCUGAAAAGUUUAAAGGACCUUCGAUCGUAUUGGCAUAUAUGCCUUAUUAUAAUGAAAAUGAUAGUUCAAUCACAGUUUUAAAAGAAACUAAACUAGCAGUUGACAGCGGUUAUUGGUCACUAUAUAGAUGGAACCCAGCGUUAGAAAAGGAAGGCAAGGAAGCUUUUACCCUUGAUUCCGAGAAAAUUAAACAGGAGCUUAAAGAUUUCCUUGAUAAAGAAAACCUUCUCACCCAGUUAACACGUUCUAAACCAGAAUUAUCUACAAAUUUAACAAAUUCACUUGAAUCAGAAAUCAAAUUACGUCAGAAAUCAUUCGCGUUAUCUGCAUAUGAAAAGUUAUUAGGUGGUUUAACUGGUCCACCACUUUUAAUUCUUUUUGGUUCUGAUAAUGGUAAUGCGGAGGGUCUCGCAAAAAGAUUGCAUAGUGGCGCUAAGGCCCGUGGUGUUAAUUCACGUUGCAUGCCAAUGGAUGAUUAUCCCAUUGAAGAUAUUGCUUCUGAAAAGAAUAUAGUAUUUGUUGUUUGUACGGCUGGUCAGGGUGAAUUUCCUCAAAAUGCCCGCGAAUUUUGGAAAACAAUUUCAACUACAACAGAUAUUUCUUUUUCAGAAACUCAAUACGCCGUUUUUGGUCUUGGUGAUAGUAAAUAUUGGCCAAGAGAAGAAGAUAUAAUUUAUUAUAAUAAACCUGGAAGAGAUUUAGAUGUCCGAUUGGAAAUUUUAGGCGGAAAAAGACUUUUGAAUCUUGGAUUAGGUGACGAUCAAGAUGCUGAUGGUUAUGAAACGGAAUUUCAAGCAUGGGAACCAGAAUUUUGGAAGGCUUUAGGAGUUGAGCUUCUUGGUGCUGUCGUUGCAGAGAAAAAGAAGACUGAUGAUGAUAUGAAAGUUGAAUCAAAUUAUUUAAGGGGAACAAUCAGUGAAGGCUUGGAAGAUACCUCUACCGGGGCAUUGUGUGAAAGAGAUACAAAGUUGACAAAAUUCCAUGGAAUUUAUGGGGCCAUGCCAUAUAUUGCACCAGAAGUUUUACAGGGAAAUCCGUAUAUACAAGCAUUAGAUAUCUACAGUUUUGGAGUCAUCAUGACAGAAAUUGCAAUUGGAAAAAGAUCAUUUGAUGGUGACCCAUUUUAUAUUGGACUCCCACUAAGGAUUGUCAACGAGAGCGGCUGA